AUGUAUGAAGCUUAUGCUGCUGAAGAAGUAGCUACAAAACUGCCUUUGGAUGCUACUAGUUUGGUUAGUUGUGGUAGGUUUGCUAAGCUUUUAAUUAUUAAGGCUUGUUUUAUGUUGGGGAUAAUAUAGCGAUUAUUUUUUAGAUAAACAUGACAAAUUGUUUGUUGGAAGCAAGCAAGGACACUUGUUAAGCAUUAAUCAGUCAUCUAAUGGUAAGAUUUUGUUUGUUUUUUGAAUUUUAGACACUUUUGAAGCUGAUGAACACUACUGAUGAUGGACAAUAUAAUUUUUUGUUGCAGAUAAACGAAAUUAUGAAUACCAACUGACUCGAGGGUUUGAAAAGAAGGUUGUACAAGAGCUGCACGUUGUAAAUUCUUUGGACCUUGUUAUAGCAUUGACUGACGGCUAUUUGAGCGUGCAUGAACUAACAGAACCUUACAAAACUGUGGCGGUAUUUAAUAAAUAUAAGCCUAUAUCCUCUUUUGGUUGCUAUCUGGAGAAGGUAAGUUUAUUUUGGUACAUUUUGGUAGAGUUUUAUAGUGAUACGACUAAAACUAAGCUUGUGGCAUGAAAAAACUUUAAGGAUAACAUAAACUUUCAGGAAAACAAUCGAUUAUUUGUUUUGAUAUGUGCUAAAAAGCGUCUUUAUCUACUUAAAUGGUUGCUUGAUGAAUUUGACGAAGUACAACUGACAUUUAUACCUCAGUAUCUACCUGACAUAGCGACUAAAAUCACAUGGAUUGGAGGGCAUUCAGCAUUGUUCGGAUGUAAAAAUGAAUACCAAAUUUGUCGCAUAAUGGAGACGGAUUCUGAUGCCACGGACAUUGGAGUAGUGAAAAGCUUGGUCUUGGCUCCAGAUAACCCAUUUAUUGUGGUAUUGGACAAUACGACCGUGGGGUUACUGAACGACAACAUGGUGACAUUUGUUGAUGAGAAGGGUAAUAUAAAGAUGGAGAAUUGCCGGUUUUCGGAAAGUUUGGUGGCUGCUGGUAUGUUUUACAUGAUUCACUAAUAUAUUGAUAAUGUUCGCCUAAAAUUUUAUAAAUAUUGACAUCGUGACGACUUCAGAAGUUGACUUUUUCAGCGUACGAUGCCCCAUAUCUUGUUGGUCUUUCGGCUAAAGGAAUAGUGGAGAUAAGAUCAGUCGAACCGUCAAUGCUGAUUCAAAAGCUGUCGUUUAAUCAACCGAAAUUGGUUGUCAGUUGCAUGAAGCAUGGUAUAUUGUACAUAGCGUCUGAUAAAUCGGUUUCUCGACUCAAUUCAAGACCAAUUUCAAAAGCUAAUGUGGAGUUUUUGGUCAAUGAGAAACAUUAUGAUCUGGCUGUUGCUUUGGCUGUAAGUUUUGAAAUAUUUUGAUCUUUCUUGAAGUUUAGGUAAAAUACGAGGGUUGCAAGGAUGGUAGAUUAUUUUUCAAGUUUGUUUUUAAAAAUCUUGGAUUAGUUUGAAUUUAUAAGGCUUGAGUGACCUAUGAGAUGGUCAUGGAUAAUAUAAGCUAUAUUAAAGUUGAAGAAGGUCUAAAGCUGGGUUUUUCGGUUUAUAAAUAAAGUUAAAUAUAUGUUUUAUAACUUACAUUACAAUUGACGUUAAUUUUAAAACAACAAUGUUACUUUUCGGAGCUUCAAACCUGGGCGUUCGGACCAUCAUGAAUAAUAAAAGAUAAUCUUUAUUUUUUGUCACUUUUUGAUUGAGUUUUUAACGGCAACUUAUUGUAAAUGGAACAUAGUGAUCUCAUUGACAUUUUAGGAAAAUACCGAUGGGUUCGACAAGAAACGACUGGUCGAAAUCAAGCGCCAAAUGGCAUUGAACCUGUUCAAUCAACGAAAAUUUCAUGAAAGCUUUGAAAUUCACUCGGAAAUUGAUACUGGUAUGAGUAUUAUGACCUAAAAUGUCAUUUUGUAAGACGAAAAGGAAUAAUUUUUAUGUUUUAGAUGUCCUACUUGUUAUACAUUACCUACCGUUGAUGAUACCGGACAAGUUCUUGCCAAAGCUUUCUGAUCUGAAAAAUGACCUUAAGCUGUUCGAACCAAAUGGAAAUAUGGCUGAAAAUGAAAGAAAACAAGCUAUUAUAGCACUGGGAGACUUUUUGAGCAUGGUAGGUUAUAUUAAUAUAUUAUUUUCUCUUGUUUUUACAAAAAAGUUUAUGUUAUUAUCUAAAACAAUAUAAUUUUUUAGAAGCGCACGGAAUUGGCCAGAAAAUUGGAUAGUCAUUCAAAAUCCAAAGAUUUCAAGUUAUCAACGAAAGAAUUGAAGAAAGCAAAAGAAGGUUUGGAGCUCGUGGACACGGUUUUGUUGAAGUGCUACAUCAAAACCCGACCUAUGUUAAUAUCAUCUCUUUUGAGGAUUAAAGAUAAUGCAUGUGACUUCGAAGACGCUGAAAAAGAUUUAUUGGAAAGGAAUAAGACUAACGAGUUGUAUUUAUUGUACAAGGGCAAGGGAAAACACCGAAAAGGUGAGUUUGGAGAAGUUUUUGUAAGGAAGCGGUGGGUAGUAUAAAUAGAAGGAAAAGUGUUGUUAGGGGGGGGGGAUAUAUUGGAUGAUUUUUGGAUAGUUAAGAGUAUAGUGUAUAUUGUUGUAAAAGGAUUUGUGGAAGUUGUCACUAGUUUUAUUUUUAUGGCAAGAUUUGGAUAUUAAAGUAGGCUAUCUGGUGGGUAAUAAAUUCGAUGUAAAAACAAUAGUUUUGGGCGAAAAUUGGUGAACCUUUUAGCAUAUUCAAGUAGAUAAGAGUGUGGAUCAAUAAUGUGUAGUACCAUUUUCAAAAAUUUCUAAAUAUGUGUCAGUUAUGACUAAUUUACCAUAAUAUUGUUUUAGCCUUGGAGCUACUGAAGAAGGAAGCUUCAAAUGAAUCUAGCGACUUGUACGGACUGGAAGAAGCCGUGGAAUACUUACAGAAUUUGAAAAAGGAAGAUAUUGAACUAGUUUUCGAGUUUGCGAAAUGGCUACUUCAUCAGGAUAUGAACAUGGGGUUGAAGGUAAGAGGAGGUCAUGUGUAUAUUCAUGUAUAACUUAAGAUUUUGGCCAUUUUUUGCGAUUUUCUUUAAAUGUUGGCAUUUUUAGGUAACAUUUUUGAUUUAGGACAGUUGGCAUUUCUUUUUUAGGGAUUUUAGGGUUAAUUUGUUCUUUUUUGGCUAUAAUAAGCCAUUUUUAGCCAUAACAAGUUACUUUUUAGGUCUUCUGCCCAGACCAACCAGAACAGCAUGACAAGUGGGACCCGGAAAAAGUACUGGUAUUCUUAAGGGAAGAGAAGAUUGACGCUAUCAUACCAUAUUUGGAGUUUCUAAUCGAACGAUGCGGCGAAAAACGCCCAAAGUUUCAUGAUACACUGCUCGAAAACUACAUUAUCAAAGUCAAAUGGCUAAUGAAGGAUUAUGUCUACACAUUGGGGGAUAGUAAGUUGAUCUUUAAAUUGUGAGUUUGUAAGGUAUAAAUGUUUAGGCUAUUCUGUAACAUCAAUGUGGAUGACUCAAGGUUUUAACGUUUGAAAAGGAAAUAUAAUGUUUUCGUGGUGGGACCCUUUUUUCAAUUUUGGUUUUAACUAGCAUAACUUACUUAUGUUAAACAAUUAUUUUUUACUUUUGGCGUAUUUUACCAGUAUUUUGCUAAAUUAGGAACAUCAUGUUUUCGUGUUGGGACCUACAUGUUAUAUAAUCUUAUUUAUAACUGCCGUAUCUUGUGUUAGAAAAGGUAUUUUUAAACGUGGCAGCAUCUAUUUGGACGUAUUUUACCAAUGUUUUGCUAAAACUAUGAAGUUCAUAUUUUCGUUGUGGGACUAAAACUUAAAUUUUAAGUUUUACGCAAUUUGGGCUUAUUGAAUAUAUUGGAUCUGUUUUGUAUAAAAAUUGAUUGCUAUGGUAAAAUACGACUUAUUUUCUUUUUUUAAAACUAUUUUUUAAAAGUGUUGUUGUAGAUGAAAACGUGACCCGAGCAGGUCUAGAAGACGGCGAUCUUGGUGUCUACAGGAAGAAACUACUGGACUUUCUAACGAACUCUUACUUAUAUUCGGCUCAAAAAGCGAUGCUACUAUUGGAUAAUCAUUUGAUUGAGGAAAAGGCAAUCGUUUUUGGUCGAUUGAAGAGACACGAAGAAGCUCUCGUACUAUAUACGAACGUUUUAAUGGAUUUCAAAGCGGCCGAAGUCUAUUGUUUAAGGAAUUAUGAUCCAAGGGAUUCUGUCAACUCGACUGUAGGUUUCGUAAUGGUUUGGGAUUGGGGGGGGAAGGGGGAAGGGGUGUAAAAUGUCAAAGUUUUGGAGUCGGCAAGAAUAAUAUAGAAAUAGGCCAAGUUUUCGCUAUUUUUUACUAAACUUAAUGCAAUUUUUUAAAUUUGGUUGUUAUAUUAUGAAAGACAAUACAAUUUUGUAUUAAAAAUAGCAGUUAACAGUAAUAUAAACUAGCACAAUUUUUUAAAAAAUUAAAUUUUUGACUACAUUGUCAUGAAUAAUAUGGACCUAGGUCACUUUUUGCCAUUUUUCACUAAAAUUAGUACAAUUUUUGGAAAUGUGGUUUUUAUAUUAUGAAAAACAAUACAAUUUUGUAUUAAAAAAUGGCAUUCAGCAGUACUACAAACUAGCACAAACCUUAGAAAAUUAAAUUUUUGACCAAAUUGUUAUGAAUAAUAUGAACCUAGGUCAAUUUUUUCUUAUUUUUCUGCUCUAUUUUGCAAUUUUUAAAAGAGGUGAUUAAUAUAAAAUGAAAGCAAAUUAAAGGUAUUCUUCAUCUUGUACAAGAUUUACACAAGGCCAGAUUUGGUGGAAUUGGCUAACUUAAGCACCGAUAUCACCAGGAAAAUCAAGCCAAACGUGAAUGAAGCGCUGAAACUGCUCAGAAAUCAAGCUGACAAGAUGGAUACAGGUAAGGCAAUGAGCUCUGAAGUCUCUGACUUGAUAUUUAGGAUACUUAUUUUUUGAGAAUGAUGUUAGAAAUGGCAGUUUUAGAGUUUUUUUGGAUAUUGUAGUAGAAAAGGGUUGUUGUUUUAGGUUUUACGCCAUGUUUUGAUGGUUUUAAGGAAAUUUUUAUUGUUUUAUAUGAGUAUCUCGAUUUCAGUGAGUGCAAUAAAGUUAAUUCCACGAGAUUCGUCACUAAAGAAGGUUUGGUCAGCCCUAGAAGCCAUCAUCGAAAGCACCAAGAACAGAUCCAGCCAUUUGGCCAUUUUGUCUGCUAUUUCGUCCCUAGCCAAGGCCAAAUCACAGUCUGAACUCAGAAGACUACAAUCAAAGCGAAUCGACAUUGAUUUCAAUGUGGAUUGCUCACUUUGCAGCAAAAAGAUUGGCACAACGUGAGUUUUUGAAAGUUUUGUGGGUAUCACCACGAAAACUUGGUUUUGCUAGUUUUUGGGGAAUUGUGGAGCAAAUAAGGAUGGUAUGGGUUAGAAAGUUGUUGGGAGAGCGGGUGGGGUUGAUUUUGUAACAAAAGUUGUUUUUUUGGUGCUGGUUUUGGGUCCCGCCACGAAAACUUGUUUUUUCAAAUUUUGUAAGGUUUUUAUGUGAAACAUGUUCAGUAGGGUUUAAAAACACUAGUAAUGCUAAAAUAUUAAAUUUCGAGCUUGGAAGUUUUAAAAAUUAAACUUUUAAGUGCUUUUGUCCGCUUCGCCCAAACUGGUGCCAUAGUACACUUUUUCUGCUACAGACGGAAUAAAUCGACUGCAGAAUUGCCAGUCAUGUCAUCAAGCCCAUCAUUUACAACCAUGCUACUUAAAAAACCGAAACCCUCGGGGUAG